GCCUAAAGAAUUUGGGCAAUACCUGCUAUGUGAACAGCGUCAUCCAAUGCAUGCAUGCUGCGACCGAAUUCAGAGAGUCUUUGCCAACAGGAACCAACGGCAAUAGCAUGUGCAGCUCCUUGGGCAGCGUCUUGAAGAGCAUGAGUGGCCCUGGAGCAGCAGUAGGGCCGAAGGCUUUGCACACGACUUUCUGCAACAAAUUCCCAUGGUUCAAGGGUCACCAGCAGCACGAUGCCCAUGAGUUUUUUUGCACAUUGGUGGGCGCAGUGGCUGACGAGAAACCCAAGAAUGGCAACAAUAACAAGGAAGCAAAGGAUGACAGUGGAGAGGAGGGGCAACAUGGGCAAACGCCAAGUGGAGAAGCUGCCGCACAGAAUUUUCAAGGGCAGAUUUGCUCCACAUUCUUGUGUUGGAAAUGCAAAAGAAUCUCCAUGAGGGUAUGCCCAUACUUUCACCUAUCUGUUCCAGUGCCAGAGUGCGACAGUGAAUGUGGUCUCCUUGGACUACCGGUGGAACUGCAACAGGUCCCCUGGGCACCGGAGCAGCCGGAGCACACGACCCAAACGCCUCAAGAGGAUCCUCAAGAGUCACCCGAGCCGGAGCCGGUAGCGGAACCCAUGAGGGAUUCAGGGGCAGUCAGACAAUUCUGCGAAGCCGAAGUUCAAACCGACGACGAGGUCUCCGAGCCCGCGGCGCCCGGCGCGGCGGCAGUGUCAGAGGCGGCUCGCCCCGAGGAGGCGCAGGCGACACCACAGCCAGUCACCGAGAUGGAGGCUGGAGCGAAGGACAUGCCGCCGCCCGAAACCACCCUGAAUGGGACCAACGGAACCACCGGAACGAAGGAAGCAGAGCACGCAACGCGGGCAGAGAAUGGCAAGGAUCAAGGUGCGGCAGAGAACCACCCGCCCAACGAAGAUGAUUGCAAUGGCACUGCACCAGUUCCACCGACUAACGGAGAUGCGCCGACAAAUGGAGAUACACCGUUAAAUGGAGAUGCGCCAACCAAAGGCCCUGAGGAAAACAAGGAGAAGAACGGAGAAACCACGUGGUUGCCAGCAGCUGAACUACCGGAAGCAACACCCGAACAUGGAUCGGAUGAAGGCAACCAUGAGAAGCAAGAGCCGGAGCCGGCAGAUGCGCCUCAGGACAAAACCCCACAGGAUGACACACCUUACGAAGAGAACAGCGGACAUCAAGCAGACACCGAAGAACAAGAAGAUCAACCUGAAGAGGAAGAAGGUCCUUUCAACUACGAGGUGCUCUUGAGGAGCGAGAAGACCGGAAAACAGGACUACGGAUUCAAAUGGAACAUGUCUGCGCUAUCCAAAGAUCAAUUGAUCGUGGCAAGCAUUGUGCCUGACUCGAUUGUUGACAAGUGGAACCUGAAAAAGCUCACAAUGGGCGAAGCCAACAAGGUGGUUCGUCCCGGAGAUCAGAUCAUGGAGGUCCAGGGUGAAAAAGAGCACAAGCAGAUGCUGAAACUCCUGAAGCAGGAGCCUGAACUUACGUUGGGAAUUCAGCGCACGGACCUCCACGCACCAGUGGAUAUUCCACAUGAGCUGCUGAACAAUGACAAGGAGGACAAAGAGGAUGAAGAAGACCGUGUGGAGCGUAAGAAUGCGUUGUUGGAAGCUUGGCGUGGCUGUCAGGAAGGUCUUCCCGAUGAACUGCAGUCAAUGUAUUCCGGCAAAAGUCUUGGAAUCAAUGGAGGCAGCUGCAGCUUGAUGGACUGCCUGCAGAAAUUCGCCGGUGUUGAGGCCAUGGAGGAAGACUUCCAUCCCUCCUACGACUGCAGCGACUGUGCCAAGGCGGCGGAAGGCGAAGCACCGGAAAAUGGCAACGCCAAGAAGAAACACAAAAUGUAUGCCACCUCCAAGUCUUGGCUGUGCGGCUCCAUGCCGAAGCUGUUGACGGUGCAACUGAAGCGUUUCAAUCGAAAGCUACAGAAGAUCAAGACCAAAGUGGCAGUGCCAGCAACCCUCGACCUUUCGGACUUGAUGAUGACCCCAGACAUUGCCAAGAACGUCCGUGAGCAUUUGAAGUCGGAGUGUGAAAAGCAAGAAUUGCCCAUCAGUCCUGAUGAGAAAGCCUCCUACGAACUUUUCGGAAUUGUGCAACAUCAUGGAUCGACGCUGCAGGGCGGCCAUUACACUGCUUAUGUCAACCUUGGCCGAAGCCUGGAGGAAGGCAAUUGGUACUUCUGCAACGAUGCGACUGUCGCUAAAUGUUCCAUUGAUGAUGCGCUGAAGGCCGAAACUUAUGUUGCCUUCUAUCGCAAGAUUGAGGAUGGAGACUGA